AUGGGCACCAGUCCACGCCAUUGAAUUACACGUAAACAUUAAACGUGGACGUUUGACACAAAAUCAUGGAGGAAGACACGGCAAAUUUGCGCGAUGAGGUUUGCUGUCUCAUAGACGGACAGAUCGGGGAGGAUGUUAAGACUCUUAGUAAGGUACAGGAGCUGCUGCAAGGUGCAUUGGAUGAGAAGAAAAUCCUAGAACAGCAGUUGACAGCAGUCAGCACCGAGACACCGACCAGAAUACAGGGCGCCCUCCAGGGCGCCGAACGAGCCAUGCAGCAGAUGGAGUCGCUGACCACCUCCAACAAACAGUCCCGACGAGCUACCAACAGCCACCUGAACCGGGCCGAGCCCAUGGUUCAGGAGCUCAGGCAAAUGACGGAGAAAGUACAAGAGCUGGAGAGGUGCAUGGAAUACAUGAAAUGGUUGGCGCUGGUGGAGGAACUAAGCUCCGAGAUCCAAGGCUCCCUCCUGGUCAACUCCGCUCCCUUUAAACUCUUCCACAGCUCGGAGGUUCAGAAGGGCAUCUCGUUGGGGGCCAUGCCCAGUGCGGUGGCGCAUUUCGCCAAACUGGCCCAGGUCAGUGAGGCCGUGCGGGGCUCUGCGUGCAGCAACCUACUGGCGUUUGUCACCUCCACGAUCCUGUUCUGGUACAAGAUUCUGAAGGAAAAGUUGUCCAGUGAGUUUGAUGAAGUCUUGAAGGCACUCAACUGGCCGUUUGUUCACAGUGCGGUGCCCAUGCCUCCGCCACCUGCCCAGCAGAUUGAGCUCAAGAACCGUGUCGAAACGCUGUUUGGACAACUCGUCAAACUGCAACUUCCAGAUACCUUAGUCUCGGAAGAUUUCUCCACCCAGGAGUAUAGUCGUCUCCCAGGGUCGCGACCUCUUCUGCUGCCUCUUCAUCUGAUGCUGCAGCCCUUGCGCAAACGGUUUCGCUAUCACUUCCACGGAAAGAAACAAACCAACGGACUAGACAAGCCGGAAUGGUACCUGACACAAGUCUUGAACUGGAUACGUGACCACAGUGACUUUCUGGACAACACGAUACAGCCGAUUCUAGAGGCCGAGCAUCUCUCACACAUCAAUGCAAAGGUGGAAUUCACCCGUGGUCUUCUGAACAUCGUCGCGGCCAAGCUGGAGCACGAUAUCCCGGAGCUUCUCUUCGACGAGCAGCUUCUGUCCCACACCAUUGAUGAGCAUCUGCUGUUCAAUCGGGAGCUCAGGAACAACUACAGCUACCCAGCCGGCCAGCCGGACUGCCUGCAUGUCCUGACCGGCAAGGAGUGCUUCGAGAGGUGGCUGGUCGUGGAGAAGAAAUUUGCAGUCGAGAAGAUAGACUCCCUUCUAGCUGCGCAGACAGCCUGGUUCCCUCAGUACAGAGACCUGGAGGAAACUGACGAUCUGAAAGUCCCGGAAUGCGUGGAAAGCUUCAUGACGUUGAUGUUAGUCAUUACAGAACGAUACCGGGUUCUCCCCUCCCCAACCCAUCACCUGAGGUUUCUGGAGUUGCAGCUGGAUUUGUUGGAUGACUUCAGGGUACGGCUGUUGCAGGUCAUGAAGCUAGAGUCUACCGACCCGCUAGCUGGCAGGCACAGUGCUAUCCUGAACGGCGCCAAUUAUAUCAUAGACAUCCUGAAGGAAUGGUCAGAACAGGUGUUUUUCCUCCAGCUGCAGUACUACAGCAAGGAGCAGGAGACAAUGGAGAGCUUCAACAGUGCCUUGGAGACGCUGACGGCCAGCCAGGACAUCAGCAAAAUAUCUCAGGGAUUUCGGGAUGGCCAGCUGGAUGUCUUAGAGGGUACCGUCUUUGAUGAGAUUCUUCACCUUUACGACCUCCUGAGGAUUGACAUGACGGCGACAUUGCAGAGAACAGCUGUCAGUGACAUCAAGAGCAGAGCCAGACCGUACAGGAAAGACAAAUGGUUUGCCAUGCCUUCUCCUAAGGACUACAUCGCUCCAGCCCUCUCUGCAUCUCUCUGUGAGCUGCUGCAGACUCUUAAAGAGAGACUCCAGCAGCUGAGGCAUCAGCUGUGCCCAUCUGUCUUUAACACACUCUGGAUGGGGAUAGCCGAAGAACUCAAUAAAUUCAUAUAUGAAGAGGUUAUACUUGGCAACCAGUUCAACGAAGGUGGUUCUGUACAACUGCAGUAUGACAUGACCAAGGGCUUGUUCCCACAAUUUGGAGACUACACCCAACGCCCUGAGAACUACUUCAAAGAACUCAAGGAGUCUUGCAUUCUUCUCACCCUGAAGCCCGGCUCAGCCAUCUUGUUGCGGGAUCUCCUGUACCAGACGCUCCACGCUAAGCAGACGAUAGACCAUAACACCAAGGACCCGUCCCCUGACGCCGCACUCAGAGACGUCGGGGUUUACCGACUCUCCCCCAAAGCUGCCGAACUUGUGCUGAAUCUACGCACUGAUUGGCCAAAGUAGUGACAAAGUGAUUCGAUUUCAAGUGUAAGUUAUUGUAAUAUAAAACAAAUUUAUUUAAAUUAUAACAAUUCAUUGCAUGACAAGUGGAGUGCAAUGGCCUUGUGGUCUAGAGCUUUGAACUCAUAUGUAAUUUUAAAGGUUGUGGGUUCGAGUCUAGACUGGAGUUGUGAUGUAUGCCCUUGGGCAAGGCACUUUGUCACUCAUUGCUUCUCCCCACCCAGGAGUAAAUUGGGUAGAUGUGAAGGCAGAGAUGGUCAUGUGAUUGAUAAAAGCUGCUUUGCGCCGAAAUGGCAGCAUCGAGCUCUAUACUCACCAGGGAGUUGAGAUUGUCAGAGGGCCUUACCAUUGUAUAGCUAGAGGGGUGUUUUUUUUUUAAUGAAAUUGUUAGAAAUAUAUAAUUUUUGACUUUUUUUUACUCCUGUGGACCGAAAAGUUUUGAUUUUUUUUUUGACCAAAUGGUCCGAUGAAUGGGAAUAGGUAUGUGAUUGGGAGGUAUUAAACACUCUGUUUAAGACCGGUUGGAGUCUGGAUGCUGAUAAAUACCCGAGCCAAAAUUAUCAGCAUCCAGACUCCAACCGGUCUUAAACAGAGUGUUUUAGACCUCUCAAUCACACAUUUAUUCCCUUAUUAUUAAGAAGCGCAAGGGUCAAUUUCAGGGAGCAGACAAGCAUUGCAUUUUUGUUAAGCAUGAAAAUAUUUGCUAAGGGCCGGUCUCAAUUUAUAUCUGGACGAGUUCCGGACAAGUUGCAGGUAAUGUCAUUCCCUUUGUCUGGAAGAAGCUCUGCAUUUGUCCCAGACAUGUUCCGGGGACAUUUUAUUGGCAACUGCUUGACUCUCCAAUACUGAUAACUCCAUUGUGGGGAGAGUGCGGGAAGUUGUUCAGAGUCCUGCAACUUAUACCAGAUACGAUACCUCUGGAACCUGUCUGGAAAUUGACCCCGAAAUGAAUUGAGAGGGGCCCUUAUGGGCAAAUGAACGUUUUUGUCCGUUAAAAAAAAUAGCAUGACAUUUGUUCCUGUUUUUCACAGGUUAUGAGCUUCAGUAACGAGAUAUAUCUUGUGACUGGUUAUUGAUAUUUUCUGCUUUGAAUGCUCAGGAAAUUUGUCCCUGAUGAUCUAAAUUAGGAACAAUGGGUUCAUUUUCAGAGAUAAAACUUUUCUGAAUUUAAUCAGAAUUCUGACUCUUUAAAAUUUCCUUCCAAGAGCUGAUUAUUCUAAUGAUUUCUGUUCCCCCCCCAAGAAAAAGUUAACUUUUCUUUUAAAUUAAAAAAAAGUCAACAAAUUUUAUAAAAACAGCACGUCUGUAUUCCAAGCACAAUUUUAACAUAUUAUACCAGUAAUCAGUACAGACAAGCUCUUUAAUUGGAGUAUGGCUGGAAAUAUGUUUAAGCAUUGAUUUAUGGCAUUAUAUGUGAAACUACUUACCAGAGCUUGCAGAUGGUUGUACAUGGGGAUCCACUGCAGUAAAAUCUUCUUUGUUGCGAUAUUACUCUUCUUGACAGUUUCAUUUAAAAAAAAAAUAAAAGUAAAAUGUGAAUUGAACUACAUUGACUACGGUACUACCAGUGGCACGUUUUUACCUUGGAUAUGUACAUCAGCACAUAUAUAUGGUGCAACUCGUUUCUCUCUAUCAUGUUAGCAAAAUCUGAAUUAUGUUUAUCACAUUUAAAUUUUCGUCAGUAAUUUCCAAUCUAAACCAAGAUGCCAAAAAACAAUGAACAAAAAUGUCUUGAAAUGUCAGUCACAACAGAUGUGGACGGAAAAGAAGAUGUCAACAGGUUCUGCAAUUCAAAAAUAUACCUCCAAAUUUCUGAAAAGGUUUGCAAUGUUUUCUUUCUUCCAGAAAUUAAUAAAUUUGAAUUACUCUGAAUCAUAGUUAUCUGAAGGACAGGACAAAACAUGCAAAUGCAGUUCCCCCCACCUUAAUUCGAUUUUUGGAUUGUGUUCCUGACAUUUAUACACACAUGUAAAUAGUAAAUUGCUUGUUAUGCCAUCACCACUAGGGGUUUGGUCAGGAGACAACUCGACGGCUAUAGAGGCAUGAUUUGUUCCUCCAGAGACCAGCUAAUGGAAAACGAAUGCUGUUUGAUUUUUUAAGUCAAGUUGUCUUGGUAACUGCAUGUGUUCCUUCCUCCAUGGAGCAAGGAACUGCAAGUUCUUCAUACUUCAAGUGCAAAGAAAGAGCAUCAAAUUUUAUUCAUAUAUAGAACCUGCUUAAUUAAUCUUGUUUUGAAGCAAUUAUGUGUGUGAUCUGUGUGUAACUUUAAGGGCACUUUCUUUUCAUUGAAAUCAUUUAAGUGUACAGCUAGCAUUGUAAAAUUCUUAAAUGAUGUAGGCCUACUCCCUUUACCUAUCCACGGCUUUUUGCAUGUCAAGGUCUGACAAAUUGGUGACCUAUCCCCGUCCCUAUUAAAUUUGCCGGCUUGGCAAAAAAGCUUAUAAGCUUGUACAUGCCACAAAACCUUGAAAGUGUGCCUAGGGGACAAGAAUCGACCUACCUACCAUUUACGGGACCGGGGCCACAUUGUUUGAGUUGAAGAUUCAUAAAUUGAUGAAGAUGUUCACAACCA